AGGAGUACGAUUUCUCUCUGUUUCCGAUUGGAAAUGGAGGGAGGCGCGCGCGGCGGAACCUCCGCGCUGAAGGGCUCCUCUCACUUCACCUCCGUUCAUCAAUUCGUCAAUCUCAUGACCCCUCUCAUCGAUCUCGAGAAGCGACGCGGUUUCCUAAACUGUAUCGGCAACAUCAAAGUAACUAGAUGUUUUGUUUGCUAUUCCAGGAGGCUGAGAUAUCGGCAUCUAUCGGCUUAUCCGCAUCAAAGAACCUAGAAAUUGCUCAGAAGAGGGGAUUUGUCAUCCCUAAUCUAAAAUGCACUGACGCUGAGACAGGACUGAUGGGAAAAACCCUUCUUGAGUUUCAGCCUAAUAAGGGUGACGUUCUUCCCGCUCACAAGUUUGGACCACAUGAUGUGGUUGUUUUAAAGCAAAAUAAGGCUGAUUCAGGAUGUACACCACUGGGGCAAGGCGUAGUUUAUCGCUUGAAGGAUUCUUCCAUUACUGUUGCUUUUGAUGAUAUUCCCGAGGAUGGCUUAAACAGUCCUCUGCGCCUUGAGAAGGUUGCGAACGAGGUAACUUAUCGCAGGAUGAAGGAUGCACUAAAUCAACUUAGUUUGACUGUGCAAAAAGGACCUGCUGCUGAUUUGAUUCCCGUUUUAUUUGGUGAGAAGCAACCUAUACGUUCUAAGUCAGUUAUGCAAUUCGCUCCGUUUAACAAGAAUCUUGAUAAUUCUCAGAAAGAUGCCAUCUCAAAGGCUCUCUCAUCAAGGAACGUGUUUUUGCUUCAUGGUCCUCCUGGGACUGGAAAAACAACAACAAUUGUGGAAAUAAUCUUGCAAGAAGUCAAACGAGGAACAAAAAUUCUUGCAUGUGCUGCUUCGAAUAUUGCAGUUGAUAAUAUUGUUGAACGACUAUUUCCAUAUAGAGUAAAGUUGGUGAGGUUGGGGCACCCUGCACGCUUAUUACCUCAGGUCUUAGAGAGUGCGCUCGAUGCACAGGUUCUACGAGGUGAUAACAGUAGCUUGGCAGGUGAUAUCCGCAAGGAAAUGAAAGUUUUAAAUGGGAAGCUGCUGAAAGUGAAAGAUAGGAACACAAAAAGGGAAAUAAGGAAAGAGCUUAGGACCCUUGCUAGAGAAGAGAGGAAGAGGCAGCAGCUGGCAGUUUCUGAUGUUGUCAAAAAUGCAGAUGUUGUAUUAACAACUUUGACUGGUGCAUUUUCUCGGAAAUUAGAAAAUACUACAUUUGAUCUGGUCAUUAUUGAUGAAGCUGCUCAGGCACUUGAGGUGGCAUGCUGGAUAGCUCUUUUGAAGGGAUCAAGGUGUAUGCUUGCUGGAGACCAUAUGCAACUUGCGCCUACAGUACAAAGUGUUCAAGCUGAGAGGAAGGGAUUAGGAAAGACCCUGUUUGAACGUCUUGUGGGACUUUAUGGUGAAGAGAUCAUGUCCAUGCUUACUGUCCAAUAUCGAAUGCAUGAUCUCAUUAUGAGGUGGUCAUCAAAAGAACUCUACAAUGAUAAGAUAAUAGCACACCCAAGUGUUUCUGGACAUAAGCUUUAUGAUCUUGAGGAUGUGAAAAGGUCUUCUUCCACAGAGCCCACUCUUCUUCUCAUCGACACAACAGGGUGUGACAUGGAAGAAAAAAAAGAUGAAGAUAGCACCAUGAAUGAGGGUGAGGCUGCAGUAUCUACUGCUCAUGCGAAGCAACUUGUUGAAAGUGGUGUUUCUGCAACAGACAUCGGAAUCAUCACUCCUUAUGCUGCACAGGUACUUUGCCUUAAAAUACUGAGAAGCAACGAAGACAAACUAAAAGAUGUGGAGAUUUCUACCGUAGAUGGGUUUCAGGGUCGGGAGAAAGAGGCCAUUAUCAUUUCGAUGGUCAGAUCUAACUCGAAGAGAGAGGUUGGUUUUCUGAGUGACCAUAGGCGAAUGAAUGUUGCUGUGACACGUGCUAGGAGACAGUGCUGUCUUGUGUGUGACGUUGAGACUGUCAGUCAGGACAGUUUCUUAAAACGUUUGGUCGACUACUUCACGGAGCGUGGUGAAUAUUUAAGCGCAUCUGAGUAUGCACAUGAAUAAUUUCUAAAUAGAGUUUGAAACUAUGAUGCUGUUGCAUUCAUUUGACUAUGUACAUUGCGCCAAGGACAGAACACUGCAUGAUCUCUGAUUCAUCGCGGUGGCCUCUAGAGGUCCAGAAAUCAGUUAAGCUGUAGGCUGCUAGCAUGGUCAAUGUCAUGGUUGUGCUGUGGUUUAGAUUGAUAAGCUAUACGCCUAUACCCUCACUGGUGCAAUUUGUAAGUGGCUAUCGUGAUGUCUACUUUUGUGCUAAUUCAGCAUUAUCUUAACUUUAUCAAAUUUUGGAGUGAGAUUA